CAGCCCAGCCUGGCAGCGCCGUGUGGUUCUGUCUGGCUGUCAGCGGGAGCGAGGCGGCUGUGGCGUCGACGGGCUCCCUCCGCCAGGGCGGCAUCUCUGGGGCUGUGCCAAGGUUUCCAGCAAGUGAAAGAGACACCCCUCUUGGAGCUGUGUCAGAGAUGUCCAUCUCCGUUCAGAUGUCCAGUUUUCUCCCAUCCAUGAGCUCAGACUUCCAACAUUACAGUUUCAGGAUGCCGAACAUUGGGUUUCAGAACCUGCCUCUCAAUAUAUACAUUGUGGUUUUCGGCACUGCCAUAUUCGUCUUCAUCCUUAGUUUACUCUUCUGUUGCUACUUGAUCAGGCUCAGACAUCAGGCACACAAAGAGCUUUAUGCCUACAAACAGGUUAUUCUAAAGGAAAAAGUAAAAGAGCUUAAUCUGCAUGAGAUCUGUGCCGUUUGUUUGGAGGAAUUCAAGCCCAAAGACGAGUUGGGAAUCUGUCCAUGUAAACAUGCCUUCCACAGAAAGUGCCUCAUUAAGUGGUUGGAGGUGCGAAAAGUGUGUCCGCUCUGCAACAUGCCUGUCCUACAGCUGGCACAACUCCAUAAUAAGCAGGACCAUGGGCCUCCCCAGGGACCCCUGCCUGGGGCAGAGAACAUUGUAUAGCUUCUCCCAAGCAAAGGACACUUCCAUCACAAAAACUAUCGCAAAGAUGAAAACGAUGGACUUAUGCAGAGAAUCGCAGAUCUCUGAAUCUGUUGCUUACAGCCUUGGUGCAUCUACCAGGAUUCCCUUUGUCUCAUGAAGAGCUCCCACGAUGCACUUUAGGAGACGGGGCCAGAUGCUUGGACUUCAGAACAACCAAAGCAAUAUGCCACCAGCGCAACAAGACGACAAAAGGCAACAACAAGCCUAGUGUUUGGGUUUUUGAGAGCACUUUAUGACGGACCCUGUCGCCGAUAUUACACGUGUAGGCCUGGUACCUGUUUCUGGCUAGUUGACUAUAUGGUGUGCUGAGCAGGAGGGAUAAUGUUACAAGUAUAAUAAGAGAACUCACAAAGCAAAGUCUUUCAAGACACUGGCCCCUGGGUACCUUGAAUGGCAGAUCCUAUGCAGCCAGUGGACAUCUUCCCAUCUUAAAAAAACAAAACCAACCUUCACACCCCCUUUAAAAACUGUCUCUGGAAGGCCAAACCCAUUCAGCGGUUACUUCAUGCUGAAUUGCUAGUGGCCGGAGAAAUGAGCAAGGGUUUUACAUUGUUCCUUUGUGGAGAUUUUCCCGAAGUUGUGGGAUUACUCUGAAGUUUACAUUUUGACAAUGUCCUAUUAGCAUGGACAGCACUAGACCAGUCUGCCAGCAGCCUCUAAGACAGUGCAAGCACAUCAGCGCUCUGGGCUGACGUAGUUCCAGGAAAGGUUUGCAGGUAUUGGGCUGGAUCUGUCCAGUAAGGGAACUGGAUCACUCUAAUAUGCACAUAUGGCCUGAUUGUUUCGGAGGUGCUGAGCACCCACAGCUCCCCAGUCUUCAUCUCUGAAAAUCAACCCGUACGUGACCCCAGAGGAGCAGUGAGGUUGGAUCUGCUCUUGAGAACAUCCUUGGCCCCCUGAGUGUUCUGGGAAGUGUUGGGAUGAUUUCCUACCAAGGGCUGUCAUUAAGCUGACGUCGGAUACAGGCACUUACUGCAAACCACACCGCAGCCAUACACGUAUUUGACUCUGCACUAGGAAAGCCCCUUUAAAAUGUCUAAGUCCAAGGCUCAGCGCUUGCACGUUUCCCUUCCCUUCUCGUGUAGUUGGUGAAGCUUGGUUGCAGUACACAGCCUCUCUCCUGUCUGCACAAUCACAAUCUCAAAGGGCUGACUUAACCUGGGCGCAGACAGGCCCAAGUCCACUAAAUUCAGCAGAGUUGCUGCCUCUUACUUCAGAACCAAUGAUAAACCUUGACUAGCUUGUUUCUUUCUCUCGGCUCUGAAUUAGCAAGAGGUACCAUCCAUCUACCCAUGUCAUUCUGCUGGGGGCCGAGUUAUUCAAGUCGCCCUUUUGAGUGCCGUGGCCCACUUGAAAUCGAUGUGUAUUGGACUAAGCGGUGGGGCACAAGGUCUGUUUGUGUGCGUGCGUCUCUUGGGGUUGAGGAGUACUCCUGGUGUUUGGCUGAAGUAUAUUUAAGCAGGGUAGGUUUCUGAUUUCUAGCUCCACUUUCUGAGUGAUUCAAAAGUACUGACACUACUCAGAUUCCUGAAUUAGACCAAUAAUAAACAGUACAGGUGCAGGUGGACCAGAGAGAAAUUCUUGUUAAAUGUACAUAGUUAGCCAUUGUCUAAAAUAACGUAAAUGUGCACAUUGCUUACUGCCUUGGCUUGCCAGCCCGUUCUCCUCCUGGGUACACACCUGUGUGCUUAGCAUCUGCUGUAAUGCAGUCCCAGGAGAGCCUCACAGCUACUGUCUUCUAAACAUUGCUUUAUAAGGGCCAAAUCCUGCUGCCAUUGAUCUCAAUGGAAAAACUCUCCUUAACCUCGGUGGCAUCAGGAUAGGGGACUUCAGAGGGGGGAUACUGAGCGCCCUCUGCGCUGACUUUGACUAUUGCAGCCUGCAUGUUGUUUGCAGACUAUUGUGACAGCGGAUGGGAGGAGAAGGCCCAUGUAUUUGUUCAUGAAUGUUAACCCAGCCGCGCAUCUGUGGCUAGGUCACUCUGCUGAUUUGCCUGCUUGCAGGUAUUUGCAUGAGCUGUGAGUGACUGAACAGUUUUACACAGGAGCUUUCAAUGACCAGUGGGAAGAAAGGUGGGUUGCGAACAUCUACCAGUAGCCACGUUGUCCACCAUAAACUUCAAAUUCCCCAUUUCACCAGAAUAGAAAAGGGCCAGAUGCCGUUAUUUCCCUUCCAUUGAUCAGCACCAAAGCUG